AUGACGAUACCACUCGCCGCCGCCGCCGCCGCCGCCGCCGCUGUACUGUUCCUCUCCGCCGUGCUCCUUCAUCCGCUUCCCACACUCGCUCUCGGCGGCUCUGCCGCAACCAUCGCAGUGGUCUACGGGUCCACCACCGCCGUCUGCACCAUUGCCGCCGGCCAGCCCAUCCAGCAAAUCCAAUGCUGGAGCAACGGCCUUGUUCUGCCGUCCAUCCUCCCCAACACCUCCUUCGACGCCGUCGCCGGCGGCCGCGACUCCAUCUGCGGCAUCCGAUCCGGCGGUUUCAGCCUCAUCUGCUGGAAUACCACUUUUUCCCCCAAGCGGUUAUACAACAACGCCUCACGCCCGCUGACCACUCUCGCCGUCGGCGACACCCAAAUCUGCGCCCUGACCAACGCCGGACACGCUGAGUGCUGGCGAGGCGACAGCAUCUCCCCUUCUCGAAGCCCCAUCGCAAACCUGCGAUUCCGCACGAUCUCGUCCGGAAUUGGUUUUUCCUGCGGCAUCACGCAUUCGGGAAGCCGCGUCGUAUGCUGGGGGGACGAUGCCGCGUUUUCCAAUUCAAUCCAGUCGGAGUUCGGCAACGCAUCAAUGUCCGACAUCUACGCUGGCGGGCGGCACGCCUGCGGGAUAACCAACCUAGGGUUCGUAAUAUGCAGAGGCGACAAUACCAGCGGGCAGCUGAAUGUCCCCGCAAAUUCCGCGUAUGAAUACAGAGGAUUAGCCCUGGGACAAAACCACAGCUGCGCCAUCCGACGAUUGAACCGCACUGUCGUGUGCUGGGGUGGUGGGGAAUUCACUACCAGCACCUCCAUUGACGGGAUCUCUUUCGAGACCAUAGCCGCGGGCCUCAAUUUCACCUGCGGGCUUGUGACCACCAAUUUCUCGGUCAUCUGUUGGGGCUCUAAUUUCCCCAACGCUGAGUUACCUCUGUCCAGAACCCUCCCGGGCCCAUGUAUCGACUCGCCCUGCCCCUGCAACGUCUAUCCUCAAUCCCACUCCCUCUGCUCUGCAAACGGCCACAUCUGCAGGCCUUGUGACAUCCCCAUUCCUAAUCCACCGGCUAUUUUGCCAUCUCCUCCUCCUCAUUCCCCACAUUCAAGGACAGGUUUACUGGUUUUUGUGAUUGUUGGCUCUGUCGGGGGCUUUGCCGGGAUUUGCUCGUUAAUCUACUGUGUUUGGACAGGCGUUUGUUUUGGUAAGAAAAAAAUUCACAAUUCGGUGCAGCCGACCAUAACGGUGGCUUCCAACCAUGGGUCAAGCAGCAACCCGCCUUCACGCUCAUCCACCAUCCGAAGGCAGGGCUCGAUCCUAAUGAGACGGCAGAGAAGCGGGCCUUCAUCUAAGCACGCAGAUCGGGCCGAAGAGUACAAGUUCUCAGAGCUGUCAGCCGCCACUGACAACUUCUCCUUGCAGAACAAGAUUGGCGCCGGCAGCUUUGGUGUGGUGUACAAAGGCAAAUUGGCCGAUGGGCGUGAAGUUGCCAUCAAGAGGAGUGAGCCAGGCAAGAAAUUUCAGGAGAAGGAGACGGCCUUUGAGUCGGAGCUGGCAUUUUUAUCUCGGCUGCACCACAAGCACUUGGUGAGGCUUGUGGGAUACUGUGAGGAAAAAGAUGAGCGGUUAUUGGUGUACGAGUACAUGAAGAAUGGGGCGCUUCACAACCAUCUGCACGGGAAUACAAAUACCAAUGUGAUAAAUUCGUGGAAAAUGAGGAUAAAGAUCUCGCUGGAUGCGGCCCGUGGGGUAGAGUACCUGCACAGCUAUGCAGUGCCCCCAAUCAUCCACCGGGACAUCAAGUCGUCCAACAUACUGCUGGACGAAGACUGGAGCGCACGGGUCUCGGAUUUUGGGCUGUCUCUGCUGAGCCCGGAUAAGGAUCGGGAAGGAGGGUUCCGGCCCGCUGGGACGGUGGGGUAUAUCGACCCAGAAUAUUAUGGGCUGAACGUGGUGACCGCCAAGAGUGACGUGUACGGUCUGGGGGUGGUUUUGCUGGAGCUGCUCACUGGCAAAAGGGCGAUUUUCAAGACAAGCGGUGGUGAGCCCAUAAGCGUGGUGGAGUAUGCAGUGCCGGCGAUUAUAGCCGGGGAGGUGGAGAGGAUUUUGGACCCGAGAGUGGGGGCGGAGGAGUUGGAGGCUGUGGAGCUGAUGGCGAAUACGGCCAUGCAUUGUGUGCAAAUAGAAGCCAAAGAUCGGCCCACCAUGACGGAUGUCGUGGCCAAUUUGGAGAGGGCUUUGGCCUUGUGCCAGGGGGACAGCCAUGGGAGUAUCUCUAUUGCUUCUGAUUGA